UUUUCUCUCUGUCUCUCUGUCUCUUUCUCUUGCGAUAGAAGUCCCGAAUCGACUUUGGAAGAAGAUGGAGUCGAAUGAUAUGUAAUCAGAGGAGGUUGGGGUCGAAGGUGAUGCAUAGCGGAGGAAAUUGAAUCGGCGGAGGUGAUGCGUAGCGGAGGAGAUUUCGCGAUUAGUUUACUUGCUUCUUGUGGAUUAGAUGGUGUUGUUCAGAUCUUUGAUGCUUCAUCAGGAGAUUUUAAAUGUGUUUUGUACGGUCCCGGUGGUGGGAUCGAGGUAUCAAAUGGGCUACUUGUGCUUGACACAGUAAGUGAGCAGAGGUUGUGGGAGAUGCAAACAAAGCAAUUGAGUUGGAUCCUUCACUGACCAAAGUUUAUCUAAGUAAGGAAACUGCUUGUAUCAAGCUUGAAGAUUAUCUGACUGCGAAAACAGCUCUUGAAAAGGGUGCUUCCAUCGCACCUAGUGACUCCAAAUUUAAGAAGUUGAUAUAUGAAUGCGAUCUGUGAAUCACAAGUAUAUUCUUACUGCUUUGUUCUUGUUUUCUGGUUGUUUCGGUUUACAUACUAUGAGUGAUUGUAUUGUUUGCUAUGUUGUUAACAUCGACUUUGGUGAAGAAAUUCUGAGUGUUGUAAUUGAUGUUCGUGGAGAGGAGACGUAUUAUCUGCAACCGAGAUUGUUGGAAAGGUCGUCUUUCUCCAGCCAAAGUUCUGAGAUACUUGAUAAGGAUCUUUACAAGGAUCAUGAAACUAUAAAUGCGUUCAAACACAAACUUACUUUAUCCGAGAAGGUUCGUCAUCCUAAUGUUGUGCAAUUUGUUGGAGCUGUUACUCAAAACGUCCCCAUGAUGAUUGUAUCUGAAUACCAUCCUAAAGGUGAUCUGGGGAGCUAUCUUCAAAAUAAAGGUUGUCUUUCUCCAGCCAAAAUUCUGAGAUUUGCACUUGAUAUGGCCAGGCAUGUGCCAUUUCUUUUUUGCAAGAUUGUAUUUACAUUAUAACCGCACAAUUUGGCCAGGCAUGUACCAAACUAUAUUUUCAAAAUAAGAGACCCAUAAUUAUAUACUACCAUUGGAGGAUACAAUUUUAAAUAAGAGAUCAAGAGUUCUUAGAA